AUUUUGUGAUCGAUAUAAGGAAGUAAAUAUGUAAUAUAUCUCAACAUUUUUGUAGUUGUACUGUUAAUGCGUCGCGCUCGAUAAGCACAGCGGUGUAGUUUGAGUGUGUCGCCGAGGAUGUCGUGCUCGCUGGAGAAGGUGCUCGGCGACGCGAGGACUCUCCUGGAGCGGCUGAAGGAACACGAUAACGCCGCGGAGGGUCUCAUCGACCAGUCCAGCGUCCUCAGCCAGAAGAUACACAGCAUGAAGGAGGUCGGAAACACUCUCCCUGACAAGUACACCGAGGAAGGCACAGAGUAUCAGGAGCUGUCCAGAUACAAACCUCACGUCCUGCUGACCCAGGAGAACACCCAAAUCAAAGAUCUCCAGCAGGAGAACAGAGAUCUCUGGCUGUCUCUGGAGGAGCACCAGUACGCUUUAGAGCUGAUCAUGGGCCGGUACCGAAAGCAGAUGCUUCAGCUGAUGAUGGAAAAGAAAGAGCUGGAUACUAAACCUGUGCUCAACCUUCACCAGGAUCAUGCCAUGGAGGUUCAAAACCAGUUGGAGCGGAUCUGUGAAAUGGGUCAAGUUAUGCGUCAAGCUGUACAGAUGGACGACCGACACUACUGCUCGGUGAAAGAGCGACUGGCACAGCUCGAGAUUGAAAACAAAGAGCUGAGGGAUCUUCUGUCCAUCAGCAGCAGCGCCGUGAGGCCGAAUAGAGAGGACACGAGCCCACCAGAGACGGAUGACAAACAGGACUCUGAAUAGAGGAAAUGUUACUUUACAUGGCAGUUUGUAUGUCGGAUGCCCUGGCGUCCACUGAUGUUAAAAUCUGUAUUGGGUUUUCUAGCGUGGUUUAGCUUCCUGCUGCCCGAUGAUGCACUUUCUGAUGUUUAUUGUUGUUAUUGAUGCUGUUCUGAAAAAUUCAGUUUUAAUAACAGACACUUAAGCAAAUGUGCAUUAUAGAUCAAAUCUGCCUCUAUUUCUAUUUACAUUUUCAACCAAACAAAACAAAAAUUUAAAAAUGAGAUUUGUUGGCUUAAAUUGAGUUGUAGCUUUACCUUUAGCGGGUUUAUAGGUGGUCUUAGGUCACAUGAAUGAAUUGACAGUGCAUUCUGUAUACGUGAAA